AGCUAAAGGAACUGGUUCUUAAGGAUAAAUCUUAGCACUCAGCUGGAACGGGAACAAGCUCUGAAAUAAAGAAACCAUCAGUACGCUACAACUGUCCGGCUGGAGUUUGCUACAGUAAGAGCUUGACCCUCAUCGAUUCUGACGACUGUCUGAUGUUCUACAGUGCUGUGACGGCUUGGUGUCCACAAGGAAAGGUCUACACGGUGUGUCUGCCUGCCACAACUCUAACGGACGGUUCUUCGUGGAGCAGAGCACUUUCGGAGGACUCACAUCUAAUCAGCUAACGUUAUUCAGACAGCAAUUAGCCUACUGGGAGUCGGUGCAACGGUCAAGAACUGUUUUAGCCUACACAUCUUCACGGCAUUGAACUGUGAGUAACCUACAGUACAUUCAAUAAGGUGAUCAACGGAUUCACAUUUCGGAUUGAGAGAGAACGGCUCUCCCCCCCAGUCAAGCGUAACGGAAUUGUCGCGAAGGAUCUGUCGCUUACACAAUUACAGACAGGCACACACUCACACGCAUUGGCUAUAUACUGAUUUGCAUUCACAAAAGAAAAGGACUCUUGCAAUUGAAAACAAUUUCUGCAUGUUUUCUUGUUUGCAUAUUUUCCAUUGUAUUAAUUUUCACAUUAUCAGUAAUCAGAGAGUUUACAUACUACUUCAAUGCUAUAAUUGUUUUAUGGUGAUAAUCUAAUAAUAAUAUAGAUAAACAGUAUUUUAUUGAGACCUCAAUAUUAGCCUAUUAAGGGUUUUUUUUCUAUUCAUCUAAUUGAAAAUGUAAGUCAUAAUGCCAGUAUCAGAUGGUGUAGGGGAGUUGGGAGAUCAGGUGGCUUGUGUCCUGCAUGGAACAGAGGACUCGCAGAAUAUACCCCAUCCAGACGCAGAAACAUCUGAAGGACUAUGGAGGCAAGUAAUGAAAACAAAACAACAAAGUCUGAAUGAUCACCAGGUACAACUUCGGAGAGAUGAUUUGCCACCAGAGGAUCUUCGACACUCUGAACAUACACAAAAUCCCACAGAGAACAUGACCUGGACAUCAAGAUGAAGAGGCCAAGACAAGGCUACUCGCUAUUUAUGAAAAGUGGAAGAUUCAAGCACGCACAGCAAAAUAACAACUGAAGUCAUUCAUGCCAAAGAAUCAGCUGUGGCCACUCAUUGAUGAACUCAAGAGAGGUAGAGAAAACAUAAAGCAAGUAUACUCUGACAUAAAAAGGCUCAUGGCACCAUCUAUUGAAUUAACAAGACGAGUUGACAUGUGAAUCAGUAACAACAGAUAUUAUCAUAAUUGCUUAUAGAAUGCUAGACACUGAAAGCGAGUUUAAUGCGAGAGAUAACAGAUACUGCCUUCAUGACUUGCCUAGCCAUGAUAAUGCAUUUUCUGUCUAUGGAUCUGCUCCCUCGUUGGUAAAUGACAACACAUCUAACCGUCAUUCGGUGAUAUCAUCAAUGGCGGCCAAACGUACAGAAGCAGCAGCAGAAUUGGCAGCAAAAGAAACUGAGUAUGAGAUGAUGCUCAAAGAACACAAACAAAGAGAGUUGAUACAAGAGCUGGAGGAAACUCAACGAAAAGAACUGGAGGUCCAACGCCGUACUCUGAAACGACUGCAGACAGAAAGGGAGUUGAAAGUCGCUCAAGCCAAGCUGGAGGUCUACAACAAGGAGACUGUUGCUGAUCCCAAAGGAAGUGAGCAUGGAACAAAGAUCACAUCUUUACCUGUCACUGUCCCUCUGUCUCAUUCUGCAACGCCCCUUCAGUCUGACACCCCUUCACUUGCCCAGGUUUUACAAGACAAUCUAACUUUGAACAGGCUUCCAGUUUCAGAACCAUUAAUUUUCAGUGGUGAUCCUAUGCAAUGUAUGGAAGGCCUGUUAAUAGGUAACAACUGUUCCAGAGUGAUUGCGCCAAAGCAAGACAUUCUCGAUGGAAACGAGGAGCCCUAUGCUGUGAAGACAGACUUGGGAUGGAGCAUUGCAGGACAGCCAUCACAAGGUCCUGGCUCAUUGAACAUAAGUCGUUUCUGUCAAAGAAUCAAUGCCAAUAAAAUGCCUCCAACAACUUCUACUAAUGCCAUUCACCUUCUGGAGCCUGACUUCAAAAAUUGCAACAAAGAUACAACAAAGAUUUCACAAGAUGACAUCAACUUUCCCAACAAGCUAGAUGAAGUUAUAAGGAAGAACACACACAGUCAUUAUGAUAUGCCUCUACCCUUCAAAGACAGACCAAGCCUGCCAGAUAACAAAGUAUCCAUGUUGGCCAAGAAACGCCUCGAUCAUAUUAGGAGAAAGACCUGCAUAGAGAAAUGCAUUAAAACCUGCAUAAAGAAACACAUAAUGAGAAAGAGAAGGAGACAGACAUGCACAAAAAGAAGGAGGAGAGGACAAACAUUCUUAAAGAGAAAGAGAAGAAAGACCUGCAUAGAGACAUGCAUUAAGAUCUGCAUAAGGAAACACAUAAUGAGAAAGAGAAGGAGACAGACAUGCACAAGAAGAAGAAGAAGGAGAAAAACAUUCUUAAAGAGAAAGAGGAGAAAGAGAUGCAUAACUAAGAGUUAGCGCCACCAUAAGAUGUCUGAAGUUGAGUGUCCAAUCCAGAAGCUUGUCCUCCUGCUGGAUACUGGCUAAUCUGACUUCCUCUCCCUAAAACCAUCUAUCCCCAUUAGUGUUUCCCUUUAAUAUUGUUUGGGUAAUAUUUUUAGUCAUUUUCAAGUUUAAAUCAUUGAUCACUCCCAUUGUCCCAUUAAUCACUCAUGAUUGGUGGGAGUGUAAAUAAACAUGUCUUGUUUAUUUGUUUUUGUUUAAAUAUACCUGUUGUUUAUUUGUUUUUGUUUAAUUUCAAUUCAUAUGUAUCAUUUAUAUUUGACUUAAAAUUCCAUUGGUACAGUAGCUUACAUAAGACAUUCCACAAGGUGCAUUCUAAGCAAAGAUUCUAGAGCGCUCCGCCAACCAUCAGAAACCAUCAGUACGCUACAACUGUCCGGCUGGAGUUUGCUACAGAACUUGUCUAACAAAUGCUGUUGAUAUUGAAUCCAGUUACUCCAUUUCCUUUACUUAUGCCACACCA